GAAGAAGGAUGCGAGGUGUAUUAAUAUAUGAAGUAUUAAUUUUGAAAUCCGGCCUUGUUAUUUCUGCUGAAUAUUUCUACAAAGAGCCUACACCCAAUACCUACUACUAAGCUAAGUCUUCCUCACGUCCAAACCAUACUAUAUAUAUUAACCAACCACAGUUCUCCUUUCAUCGUUGAUAUCCAUUCCUCCCCUAUCAGUAGUUAAGAAAUGGCUUCUUUUGUUGUCUUGGCUCUCUUUAAUUUGAGCCUUACUCUGCUGAUUUUAUACUCAGCUGCUGCUUGGGGACCCAUUGAUCCCACAGAAGGGUUCAUCUCCCUCCCUCUAAAUCAAUCCAAUUUUGUCAUUCAAAGGCCUUAUGAUGUGCCUGAAGACCAGAGAUACAGCUAUGUCAAUGGUGUUCACAAACUGUGGGUGUAUUCUACUGACAAGCCUCAUUCUCUCAUCAGCCACACUAAUCCCCGGACCGAGAUCCGAAUGCAAGGAUAUGAUUAUUCUUCGGGUGUAUGGCAAUUUGAAGCAUACGGGUACGUCCCAUGCGGGACAUCGGGUGUGUGUACCAUGCAGGUUUUCGGGGCAAGCCCACCUCAUGCAACGACCCUGAUGCUCAGAGUCUACAAUGGCACACUCUCCUACUACAGAGCUCCGGCACUGGUCGAUGACAUUUAUGACAGGUGGUUCAGGCUAAAUGUGAUCCAUGACGUGGAUGCUGCAAUUGUGAAGGUUUACAUUGAUGGGGUUCUCAAGUUUGAGGCACCGGGCCGUGGCGGCACCUCUCAUUACUUCAAGUGCGGGGUGUAUGCCCAGAACGACGACUCUCACAGCAUGGAGUCUCGUUGGAAGGAAAUCAAAGUUCUUAAAAAGUGCGUUUGA